CCCGUGGGGGGGUUAGAGGUGGAGAAGUCGCAGGAGGUACCAAGUGCGGGUGUAGAGGAGGAGCGGGAGGAUGCUGAUCUCUGUCGGUCGCCGAGGAGACAGAUAGAGGAGCAGCCUGUGGAGUGUCCAUACACACCGCCAGUCUCCGGUCCGCCCUCCCCAGUCCUCGGGCUCUGUAGCCCCGUUCCCGGUAGUAGCAGAACCGAUCCAGCUUCAUGAUGAAUUACCUAAGGCGUCGCCUAUCAGACAGCAACUUCAUGGCCAACCUGCCCAACGGCUACAUGAGUGACCUGCAACGUCCGGACCCCCCCGCCCCGCCACCCCCCGCAGUCUCCCCGGUACCCCCCGCCGUGUCCCCGGAGCCCAGCGGAGGAGGGGGAGGGGGAGGCGGCGGAUUCUUCUCUUCUUUCUCCAAUGCGGUCAAGCAAACCACCGCCGCCCUCAGCGAGCAGGUCUCCACCGCCGCCGGGGGGGUCUCCGGGGGGGCUUCCAGGGGGGCCAAACUACUGCUGGUCAUUGACGAACCCCACACUGACUGGGUAAAGGUUUUCAAAGGGAAGAAAAUUGGCGCAGAGUUUGACAUCAAAGUGGAACAAGCUGAAUUCUGUGAUCUAAACCUGGUGGCACACUCCAAUGGAACAUUCUCUGUGGAUCUGGAGGUCAUGAGAAAUGGCAUGAAGGUGAUGAGAUCACUGAAACCAGACUUUGUCCUGAUUCGUCAGCAUGCCUUCAGCAUGGCUCGCAAUGGAGAUUUCCGCAGCAUGGUGAUUGGGCUACAGUAUGCAGGAGUGCCUAGCGUCAAUUCUCUACAUUCCGUGUACAACUUCUGUGACAAACCCUGGGUGUUUUCCCAUCUAGUGCGCCUGCAUAAGAAGCUGGGUCCAGAGGAAUUCCCUCUAAUAGAGCAAACAUUUUACCCCAACCAUAAAGAGAUGCUGACAGCCUCUAAGUUUCCAGUGGUGAUCAAGAUGGGCCACGCACACUCUGGCAUGGGGAAGGUGAAGGUAGACAACCAGUAUGACUUCCAGGACAUCGCCAGUGUGGUCGCCCUAACAAAAACCUAUGCUACAUCUGAGCCAUUCAUUGAUGCCAAGUAUGAUAUCCGUAUUCAAAAAAUAGGGAACAACUACAAGGCCUAUAUGAGAACUUCUAUUUCUGGGAACUGGAAGACUAACACAGGAUCUGCCAUGCUGGAGCAAAUUGCUGUCUCUGAGAGGUACAAACUGUGGGUGGAUUCUUGUGCUGAAAUAUUUGGUGGUUUGGACAUCUGCGCAGUGGAAGCCCUGCAUGGGAAGGAUGGAAGAGAUCAUGUUAUCGAGGUUGUUGGCUGCUCUAUGCCUUUAAUUGGAGACCAGCAAGAAGAAGACCGUCAACUUAUAGCAGAAUUGGUGGUUAGUAAGAUGGCCCAGGCUCUGCAGAGUGGCUCAUCUCCCAGCCGCUCUGUACAUGGACAACAGCCCCAGGUUCAGCCUGUUCUCCCUCGUUCUCCCACUCCUGCACAACAAAGACCUCCUCCACAAGGAGGACCCCCACCAGCACAGGCUGCUCAGCGGCAAGGAGGUCCUCCACCCCAACAGAGACCUCCACCCCAAGGACAACAGCUUCAGGGUCUUGGUCCUCAGCCAUCACAGCAUUCACCAAACCUUCCAAGCCCUGGUGCACAACAACGGCAGAUGAUUCCUCAGCAACAACCGCAGCAGCAACAGCAGCAGCCACCGCCGCCCCAGCAGAUGAGGUCACAGCAGGGAUCUCCCCGCCAGUCUCAGUCCCCUCAAAGGCAGCCAAGUCCUCAAAGUGCACAAUCACCCCAACGUCAGCAGCAAGUUCCACCUAUGCCAACAGGCCCAAAGCCAAUGGGGGUCCAGCCUCCUCAACCCCGCCAACCUGGCCCUCCAAGACAGCCAGUCUCUGGAGGCCCUCAGCAGAAGCCACCACCACCAAUUCACCAACAACAACAUGGCAUCCGUCAGCCAGGACAGCAGCCACCACCCCAGCAACGCUCAUCAGGACCUGGUGGUCCCCAGCAACAGCCUCCUCAACAGCAGCCUCCACAGCAACAGCCACCACACCAGCCACAAGCACCACAGCGACCCAUGACCCAGCAACCCAGGCCCAACCCACAGGGACCUGGGCAGGGUGCGGCACGUCCUGGUGGGCCACAAAAGCCUCAGGUGGCUCAGAAGCCUGGCCAAGAGCUGCCCCCACCCCAGCCGCAGCUUAAUAAGUCCCAGUCCCUCACCAACUCCUUCACCCUUGCAGACUCACCAGCUCCACGCUCCAGUCUUAGUCACGACGAGGUGAAGGCCGAAACGAUCCGCAACCUGAGGAAAUCCUUCGCCAGUCUCUUCUCAGACUGAAGGGGUCUUAACGGGAAAAUAAUCCCUUCUGAAAAAAACUUCCACCACAUCCCACUUCUACCACCCCUGCUCCCUCACCUGUAAUGCACGGCUUAAUCUACUCCUGACAAAAUGCCAAUGAAGAAGUAGAUAUGGAGAAGAGACCAAUGAUAAAAAACACAGGAGGAAGAGAGAACUCUAGAGGCUUAUAAACCAUAUUUAUUUAUAUAUAUAAAUAAUUUAUACAUAUAUAUUAUCAAAUUCCAGAGCAAUGAUAGAAUUAUUGGGGUCUUCUCAGACUGUCAAAGAUGAUGAAUGAGUUUAGAGGCUGCCACAUAGGUGUAAUAUUAAGAUGUGCCAUCAAGAUGACCCUCUACGAGGGACACUCGUUAGGGCCAGUGAUUGUGUGCACAAGUCCGACGUGUGCCAGUCCUCUGUGUAUAUAUAUGUAUACAAAAUAUAUAUUCAUGGAUAGCGGUAUAUAUCAGAAGCUGUAGCGCUAAUUUUCUAUGUUUGUUUGUUCUCUCUAUGACGCUGUCACUUCUUUAUGCUCUCCUUCCAGCCUCUCUCAGUAUCUACUCUCCUGGUUCUGUCGUAAGGCUCUGUUCUUUUGACACGUGAUGUGUUGCCGUGUACUUUUACCGUGGUCCGAUUCCCAUUUAUAUUUUGUUAACAUCUUUAAUGACGUGCUCCAGCUUUUCCUCACCCCUUUUCCCAACCUCUUCUGUCUUUAUACUUAUGCCUUCCCACAAAACCAACCUGGCUGAUGACCCCCUUUCCAUCCCUACUUUUCCACUUUGUGUUCCCAUCCAUUCCAAGUCUAUUUUUGUGUGGCAGUAACACUAUUGUAAUGUGUGUAACUUAAAAGCUUGCCGUGUGGUUCUAUCGUGACCUGGUCGUUAGUGAGCAAAAACAAUGUUCUAAGUAUUCAGAGUUUAAAAAAAAAAAAAAAAAAAGAUUAUAUUAUAUUAUGACUAUAUGAAAUAAUUUAUUCUAUUGCCUGUGCAGAACAGGCCCCAUGAGAAGUGUGUGUACCGUUUGUCAGCGUUUGUGUGAAAAUGUGACUGCCCCAAAGGGGCGAGAAAACGUGAUUUGUCCAAAUAAAAUAAUUCUCUGGAAGCAAAAA